AUAUCGCCAACAUUUUUCGUUUCUUACAAUAUAUAUAUACAUAUGAUUUGUUUUGAAAACAUUUACGUUUUCUUUGUCUUGUGAGAACAAAGGAUAACGGUACAUCGUUGUGAUUGCUGCGUCAUAGUUUUGAAAAAAGACUGUACUACGUUGUGUGUUUGGAUCAAGUCUUGGUGUUAAUAAUAAGUAAACUCAAUUUAACGAUGGCUUCAACAGACGAAGACUCCACCCAGUCGCUGGUAGCAGAAUUGGUAAAGGCCUUGCAGUCCCAAAGGUCGGCCGAACAGAUUCGGCCUGUGGUGCAGAGGGCGUCGAGAACGUCGCAGCCGGCAGGAAGGCGGUGUAAGAAACGAAAAAUUUUGUCGAGCCGCUGCCGGUUACGAAGGGGUACUGUAGAGUGGUAGCUGCUCUGAUAGCUGAGGGAACGACGAUCGGCCGCCGACCCUGGCAGAGCGAGCUGUAACGUCGAGCAGUGCACAUCGUGUUUGGAUAAUCUGCCGCUCCGAAAUUACGUUAAAUCGUUGUGCUAUUAUUAUUGUUGUUAAUGCAAGUUGAUUGGUGGAAAAUUAUAUGUGAUUAAUCUGUACAUACCACCUCAGGUAACCGUUACCGACUACGAAAUCUUGUUGGAAGCGAUACAUAGUCUAGAGUUUAUACAUACUGGCAGUAUUUUCAUUGUUGGGGACUUUAAUAUAACAUCAUAUGCUGAUUAUCUUGAAAAUAGUAUCUCAAAUAGUUACAUAAACACUUAUGUUUUAGCAAGAAUUUUCAAUAUCAUUCGGUAUAAUUACAUACACAAUGAAAAUGGAAAUUUGCUAGAUUUAAUUUGGAGCAAUGCCAUUUGCUAUGUUGAACAUGCUGAUGAUGCGUUAGUGUGUGAGGAUCCCCAACAUCCUGCAUUGAUUGUCACUGUGAGUCAUUUUCCUUCCACUAAACAUAAUCAUGUGUUGCAUAGCGACUUCAAAGGUUCAUAUAAUUUUAGGAAAGCUGAAUAUUAGCUGGGGCGAUUUGAAAAAUUUUAGUGACGUGGAUUUAGCUUGUGAAUAUUUCUAUUUUGAGAUCUAUAGAAUUCUUGAUUGUUGUGUUCCUAAAGUUAGAAUAUCUUAUAAUAAUAGGUAUCCUCCUUGGUACAACAGCCAUAUCAUUAGAACCCUCAAAGAAAAAAUGGUGGCAUUCAAGACUUUCAGACGCCCUGGUGAUACUUAUUAUAUAGAAAAAUUUGUAAGACUUCGCUCAGAGAUAAAGCAGCAUGUAGCUGUUUCAUAUCGUCGCUACAUUCACUCUUUAAAGAGUGAAAUAUCCAACAGCUCCGGCCAAUUCUGGUGUUUUGUUAAUAGAAAAAGAAACAGCACUGGUAUUCCGAAGGAUAUGCUGUUCAAUUGAAUACACACAAUGUAGUUGGCGCAUUUGCGGAACACUUUAGUGGGAGCUAUAAUACUCCAACAGCUCAAUCUGAUUCUUCUACUGACUACCAUUUCACUACUACACUAGCUAUGCCUAGCGUGCAGGAAAUCGAUGUGCUACAGGCGCUCAAGAAAAUUAAGCCAAAAGUGACUGCAGGGCCUGAUCAAAUACCUGCAUUUUUUGUGAGAGAUUGUGCGUCCAUUUUAGCAUAUCCACUCAUGAUCAUU